AUGGCCUGCAAUACCGACUACAUAAUCUCAUCACCCUGGCUUCGAAACUCAGAAUUAACCGGUUUUAGAGACCGGUACGCUACAGGCCAAUCAGAUCUCAGAUAUUCGUUACCCAGGUCAUCCCGACCUAGAUCUUUCGCGUCUGAUUCGCUAUCAUAUCGUCAAUCUUUAGCCCGCAAUUUAUCUGAACCUCUUGAUUUAAAAAGCACAAGUUCUGUUUUACAUCAAGCUCAAUCUUCUAUCGAUUCAACUUAUUCAAAUGAAUAUUGUGACAGCGCCGUACUAUGUUACAAAUACAGUUACGACAAUGAUUACGUUCACGAUAAUAAAAUGUCAUAUGCUUUCAAAAGAAGUCCUUCCUACGAUUCCGAUUAUCAAUACCCAGCCGAUUAUUUUCGUCCAUCGACUUCUGGAAAUUAUCCGGUUUUUGACGAUUACAAGUAUCGAAUGGAACGUAAUGCUCUAUCUGACUACAGUUACGCUGACAACAAUUAUUACAAUGUCAACAGGUACAGUAGAAGUCGACGCGAGAAUUCUGAACCAACAAUCGAUCGAUUGAGCAGACGAUCUUCAGCAGGCAGAACGUUGCAGAGAUCGUAUUCCUACGAUAAAUCGUUCUAUAUGCACGAGCCUGUCCAUGUAAAGCAUACCACUUCGAGUAGAUUGAAAAGUCUGGGCGAUCGCUACGACGAACUGCUGAAUGAUGAAGAGACAAAAACGAUUCACCAACGUAUCUCUGAUGUCGUUGAGAACUACCGAACACGAGUUCAACCAACUGCCUCUGCGAAGUAUUCGUUUGAUGCACCAUUCAACAUUGGCAGAACGCCUCGAAACAAGGUUAAAAUAAAUACAAUACGCGAAAACUUGAACUACAAAUCACCUCUAACUUCGUCCUUGUCAUUCUAUUAUAACAAAUUUGAUAUAAAAAACUUUGGACCACAUAAAAAAUUUGAUCACAACUCAUUCAUAAGACCUUUGCAAGAAACUUUGAAAAUUGAAAAAACUGAUUACGAAAACAUUAAAAGUACUGAUAGUGUUUGGUCUGAGCACAAAAUCAUCAACGAAAAUUUGUUGAAUAAAAUUGAUCAUCUGAGCAAGGACUUGGAAGCCAAAAAAAUUACCAGAGAACUGCAAAAACUCAAAUCGAAAAACUAUACCGACACCGACACGGUCCUCGACAGACGAGACAUUGCACAGCUCGUUCUGAAACCUGAAGAAAGCUUCGAGCCCGAUGACGUAUCGACGAACGUACUGCCGUCUGGCGAGAGAGCCAUCAUAUACACGCAAACGAAACAGAAAACGAGCGAGGAAGAUACGCACGGUGCAACUGUAAAUGUUACAAACAAUACUUGGGCUGAUAUCGCGAUCGAUGAAUUCGCAAGGAAGACCGACGAGAUGCAAAACAACUUACCGACGUUAGAGCACUUCAUUAAGAAAAACAGGAGUUUGUUUCCAAAAGAUUUGAUAAUCCUGCAAAAUUUCGUGUACCAUAAACCUUCCAGCUGUCAUGGCGCCAUCUCAAACGGAGUGAAUAAUUUUAGAAAAAUUUCAAACGUUGAAGAGUGUCACGUGAAAAUUCGUGAAACUUUAGUUUUGCCGCGUGGAUGUCAGUUAGAAGGGAUGGAUGUGGAAGACCUUUUGAGGAGGUGCUAUCCGAGACAUGACGAGGUGGAAGUUGUCUAUGAGGAUGAAAGUUACAUAAAAAGGAAACAACAACAUCAGCAACAACAUCAGCAACAACAUCAGCAACAACACCAAGAAGCAGAGUACCACAAAGUGCACAAGUCCAGGAGAGACAUAAUGAUGAUGAACCGUGAUGAGAAUGUUUGUGACGACAACGAUUACGUCAUCAACAUAAACAAAAAUGAUUACAUCAAGCAUAAAUCAUCUCAAUUAUAUAUCGACGAAGAAUACUUGUCGGAUUAUAAAUCGGUUCGUUUCAGAUCGACCGACACCGAAGUGGAUGCACAUCCUCGGUUCAUUUCCACCUUCAACUCUCAGCAAGUUCUCGAAGGCCAGGCAGUGAGGUUCAGUUUCGAGGUCGCAUGCAGUUGCGAAGUUGCGGUACGCUGGUUCAAAAACAACGAAGAGAUAAUCAGCGGAGGUCGAUAUCUUAUUACUAACAACUACGGCUUAUGUUCGCUGCGCAUUAACUCGGCGCAGGUUGACGACAGGGGCCUCUACAGAGUGCAGGUGAGUAGCGAGGUGGGCCGCGUUGCUUUUGAUGCCGAUCUCGACGUCAUAAGCAGAGAUGAAGCCCUAGCAAAACCUCUCACCUUCACAAAGACCCCAUCUCCACGUGUUCACGUGAUCGAAGGUCAACCGCUGACCUUGAGAUGUUUCCUUGAAGUAACAUGGUACAAAGGAUUGAAAGAAUUGACCUCAUUUUCCUCGCCAUCAUCUUCCUCUCCAUCGCGGAAGUACAGAAUCGUCGAGGAAUCCAGCUGGCAGCACAUGCUGCAGAUAAAGGAGGUGCAACUGAGCGAUGCAGAACCACUAUUCGUGAAGAGAUUGCCGACGGAGCAGAGGUUAUCAGAAGGGGAGAGCCUCAUGAUAGGUUGCGAAGUGGAAAAAUCAGAAACUCCAGAGUACGUUGUUGGUGUCGAGAUCGUUGAGAAAAGGAAAAGUCACGUGGAACAUGACGAAAUCGCCACUGAAAAAGUUGUUGAUAUCACAACGGAUAUGAAAUCUCCAGCGAUCAAAAUUAAUGACGAAAGUGUUGCUGAUGUUGUUGGUGGUAGUUGCGACGACCGCCAACAAGCAGCUGAUAAACAGGCUGAAGUUGCGGCUACAACUAAUAGUCUUAGUAAGCAAGGCAUACAAAUUAAUGAUGUGCAAAAGAAAACUGAUCAGGAACAUGUUCAGGAAACCAAACAAAAUCACCAAGGAUCGCAACAACAGCCACAGCAAGAAACACAACAACAGCAAGAAAUGUAUCUACAACAACAAAAUCAAAUACAAACAAACGAAUUGGAAAGAGAAAAACAACAAAAGGAUAGAAACGAACAACAAACUCUUCCACAGCCUCAACAACUGCAAACUAAAUUAGAAGAGCAACAACAACAACUCCAACAACAACCACAACAACAACCACAACAACUUCAGCAAUUGAAAGACAUCCAACAGCAAAAUAAAAAUGAAUCGCAACAUCAAGACAUAGAACAAGAAAAAGAUCAAAAACCUGAUCAACUGCAACAGCCUCAGCAACAGUUACAACCAGUAAAUCAACCACAAUCCCAACAGCAAUCACAACAAAACCAACUACAACCGCAAACAAACCAUCAAGAUCAACAAAACGAUCAACCGCAACAAAUUCAACCGGCGAUACAGUCGCAACAACAACUACAACAUAAUGAGAAUGAACAUUUGCAAACAGUGCUAACAACUGUAAAAAAGACAAAGCCAAAGCAAAAACAACAGAAGCAGCAGGAGCAGGAACCACAAACAGAUGAGAAACCAGUCAAAGCAAAACAAUCGAAAAAGACACCAAGGAAGCAACCACAAAAAAAACAAGUGCCACCAAAACAAGAAAAAAAUUCUCACGAACAAAAUGAACAUUCACAACAAACACAAGACACAGAUCCCCCACAACAAGCAAAUAAACCAAAGAAAAUAACGCAGCAAAAGAAGUCGUCGAAAGUGCAAAAAGAAAAAGAGACGAAAAAGAAACCAAAGAAAAAACAACUUGAAAAAGAACAUAAAGAAGAACAAAAAAAAUCAGAUGAACAGCCUCAAACGCAACAAAAACCAAGUGAACAGCCACAAAAAGCGCAACAAAAACCAGAUGAACAACCACAACAAAUGCAACAAAAACCAGAUGAACAACCACAACAAAUGCAACAAAAACCAGAUGAACAGCCACAACAAACGCAACCAAAACCAGAUGAACAACCUCAACAAGCGCAACAAAAACCAGAUGAACAGCCACAGACGCAACAAAAACCAGAUGAACAACCACGACAAAAGCAACAAAAACCAGAUGAACAACCACAACAAAAGCAACAAAAACUAGAUGAACAACCACAACAAGCGCAACAAAAACCAGAUGAACAACCACAACAAACGCAACAAACAGCACAAGAACUUUCAGAAGCAAAACAUGAACAUGAACCAAAGCAACAGAUACAACUUCCAGUACAACAGGAUCGGCAAGAUGAUUUCAACAACCAGCAACUGAUAGAAAAUAAACAAGUAGAUUUGGAAAAAUCCGAGCUGCAACAGCAGCAGCAACAACAACAUUUGUUACCUAAACUUGAAAUAAUUGAAUAA